UUGGGCAAUAUCAUUGUGCAGCCACAAACUCUGUGGAAGUCGGAAGUCUUCUAUUUUUGCUAAAGUGAUGGAGAGGAAAUCCAUUUUACCGGACAACCUGCAGUCCCGGGUAUUUGCCCUGGGUCCUGCCCCGCCAGGAUUUCGUGCCCCGAAUGCUGCCGAGUUCGCCUCAGCGGAGUCGAAUCUUCGGAAGGCCACCCGCUACCAUAAGAAUACCUAUAGCAGGCUCGAUCAGUUGCGCACCGUCCUCCAGAAGGAGAAGAAUUACGCGAAGAUUAAGGACUACAGGGAACAAUCCAUGGCGCUAGCCAAGCAAGUGAUUCGCUCCAAGGCACUUAUUGGAAAGUACAGGAGCAUGCUGAUUGACCUGCAGGAUGCCGAAAUCUUCAAGGUCAAGCGGCACAUAGAGCAAAUGGAGGAGAUGCUCGCCGAGGUGAACAGCCGCCUGGUCUCCCUGAGGAUUAAAAUCCAAGCGGAGACCGAUCCCACAAAGCGCGAGAUCCACGUGGGCAGCUCCUUCUACCUGGUGCAGGAACAGCACAAGACCAAGGGACUCUGCGAGCGGUGGCGGGAUCGCCUGGACCAGUUGACGAAGGCCAGGAUGGACAAGACUGAACAGCUUACUGAGAAGCCGAUGCUGAUCAAUAAACAUAAAAAACAGUUGAGUGCUGAAACCCAAAAGUUAAAGGAAGCCAUUAACUUGAAACAAAUCGGAUUAAAUAAAAGUGGUUGCAAGAGGUGUGCAUACCUAAGAAAGGUGACUAGAAAUCCAUCCAAGCUUUGCAAAGUGUGUAAAAAAUGGGCUGAUGAUAAAAAGGCUAGAGCGGCAGUAAAUAAGGAAACCAGCAAAUCGCCACAAAUGACGAAGUCGAAGGAAUUAGAAAUACGAGUACGUACGGAUUCUACCUCAGAAGAAUCUACCAUCAAAAUAGAGAUAGAGCCUAUUGAAAUUAACGAGGUAGAGGAAAUGAGGUCGUUGGAAAGGGAAACUAGCUCAAAAGAAAACCUUGAUCAGUCCUCCCAGUUGUUUCCCAUUAUCGUUGCUGUUAAAUCUCAAGCAACGACAGUAGUUAAGCAGGAGGAAAAUGAGCCUAGUAAUGAUGAAGUGGACCCUGCAGUAGUAGCCACCUUACAAAAUUCGCUGAAAUCCAUCGACAGUAAAAAUAUGGCCUUGGCCUACGUAAAGGUUUUACAAGAGUACGCCAUGAUGAGUGACAACUUUCGGGCCAUUGGACUGCUAACUGAAGUUGAAAAAUCGGUCGUAAAUCCGCCACAAAACGAGGAUUUCGAUCUUUGAUCCGAUCUGCGCUUUGUUUUUACCUCUAAACUACAUUUAAAAUGAGAGUUAAGACCAAGACUUUGCAAAUAAUUAUAAAAAUCAAAUAGAUUGUCUGGUGAACGUUAGGUGUUCACCAGGUAAAUAAACGUUAAAUGAAGCACUAGA